UGUUGGGUACAAUUUUUCUUGUAGAAUUGAAAUAAAAUUGGUGUAUUUUUGAAUUUGUACAGCUACGCAAAACAAUGGGCCACCAGGCAAAGCUACUAUUCAUCAUCCUAUAUAAAGCCUACAAUUUGGGGACCAUCCAUCAGAUACAAGUAAGGCUCAAUAUAUAUAAUGUCGACAGAAAGCAGCUGUGUGCAAGUUCCUCAUAUGAAUGGUGGUGCGGGAGACAGCAGCUAUGCUCAUAAUGCAACAGCUCCGUUAAAGGUGAUGAUGAAGGCCAAGCCAAUCAUGGAAGAAAGCAUAAAGAAGAUGUUCGAGAGAAUCAUCCCUUCUCAAAGCUGUUUCAGAAUUGCAGAUUUGGGUUGCUCUUCGGGAGUUCAUGCAUUAAUUGCUGCAUCCAACAUUAUGGACACUAUUGGUAUGGCAGCAAAAGAAGCAAUGAAAAUCAGCAAUACUAAUAUUAAUGAAAAGCCACCUGCUUUCCAGGUUUUCCUUAAUGAUCUGUUUGGUAACGACUUCAAUACAUUGUUCAAAUUGAUUCCUGGAUUUCUGAAAGAGAAGAGGAAGACUGGUGGACCAUGUUUCUUUAAUGCAACACCUGGGAGUUUCUAUGGCAGACUCUUCCCCUCGCAGUCCAUACAUUUAUUCUUUUCCUCUUUCGCAAUCCAUUGGCUGGCUCAGGCUCCCAAAGAUAUAAAGGGAGAAAUACAACUACCAAUUAAUGAACGAAGCAAUGUUUAUUUGACAAGCAAAGCUCCACCAUCUUAUAAGGAUCAAUUUAAGAAAGACUUGCAAUUGUUCUUGAGAUCACGUUCUGAUGAAAUAGUCCCUGGGGGAGCCAUGCUCCUAACUUUGAUAGGCAGAUACGACACUCCUGAUUUUAUAAGCCCUUCAAGCAUCUUCCGUCAAGUAAUCGUAGAUAUGGCUUUAGAGAAUAUAAUUGAAAUGUCAAAAUUGGAGAGUUUGAGACUUCCUGCAUAUUACCCUCCUGCAAAGGAAAUCCUAGAAAUGAUUGAGGAAGAAGGAUCUUUUAAGAUUGAAAGUCUAGAGAGUUUGAGAUUAUGUUGGGAUGGAUCCAACCUCAAUGAAGAUGGAACUGAUAAUGAUUUGUACUCUUUGGUGGAUGUAAGAAAGAGAGGAGUGUUCUUGACCAGAUAUAUAAGAUCAGUCUUUGAACCUCUUUUAAAAGCACAGCUUGGAGAAGGACUCAUGGAUGAAUUAUUUCUUAGGUUUCAGAACAAAGUUGUCCAAUUCAUGGAUCGAUUGGAAUAUCCCAUUUUGGUUUUAUCUCUCUUUGCUAAUUAAAUGAUUGAGAAUAUUAAUCUGUCAAAUUUUGUAUCAAAAAUAUGAUCAAACAUAUACGGAGAAAUUAAACAUCGCAAUAAAGCAAUAUUAA